GGGGAGAGACCUCAGCAUGCAAACCUUCGUCCGUCCGGCUUGCACCCUCUUUUUCUUUCCAUGCUGCUGGUCUUCAGAUGGCUGCUCCGAUGCCUCAUUCGCACCAGCAGUACAGUGACUGUCACCAGCAGAGUACAGAUCAGUCUGUCACUGUACUGCCAUACAGUGACCAGACGCAACUACUCACUGCCAGCCAGAGGCACAUGCCCCAGUGCUUUCGUGACCCAGCUUUAGCUCCUUUAAGGAAGCUCUCUAUUGACCUGAUCAAAACCUACAAACACAUCAAUGAGGUAUAUUAUGCAAAAAAGAAAAGACGGCAUCAACAGGGUCAGGGAGAAGACUCCAGCCAUAAGAAAGAGAGGAAAGUCUUCAACGAUGGCUAUGACGAUGACAACUAUGACUACAUUGUCAAAAGUGGGGAGAAAUGGAUGGACCGAUAUGAAAUUGACUCUUUGAUUGGCAAGGGGUCAUUUGGUCAGGUUGUAAAAGCUUACGACCGUGCUGAGCAGGAGUGGGUAGCAAUCAAGAUUAUCAAGAACAAGAAGGCUUUUCUGAAUCAAGCUCAGAUUGAAGUGCGGCUUCUUGAGCUCAUGAACAAACAUGACACGGAGAUGAAAUACUAUAUAGUUCAUCUGAAGCGUCACUUCAUGUUCCGGAAUCACCUUUGCCUAGUAUUUGAAAUGUUGUCAUACAACUUGUACGACCUGUUGCGGAAUACAAACUUUAGAGGUGUCUCGUUGAACUUGACCAGGAAGUUUGCUCAGCAGUUGUGCACUGCGCUGCUGUUUCUCGCCACCCCAGAGCUCAGCAUCAUCCACUGUGACCUAAAACCAGAAAACAUCCUGCUGUGUAACCCCAAAAGAAGCGCCAUUAAAAUAGUGGAUUUUGGGAGUUCCUGCCAACUGGGACAAAGGAUAUACCAGUAUAUCCAGAGUCGGUUCUAUCGCUCUCCCGAGGUGCUGCUGGGAAUGCCAUAUGAUUUGGCCAUAGACAUGUGGUCACUGGGGUGUAUUCUGGUUGAGAUGCACACUGGAGAGCCUCUGUUCAGUGGAGCCAAUGAGGUGGACCAAAUGAAUAAAAUAGUUGAGGUUCUUGGUAUCCCACCAAAUCACAUAAUGGACUUAGCACCAAAAGCCAGGAAGUUUUUUGAGAAGUUGUCAGAUGGGACGUGGAGUGUAAAGAAGACCAAAGAUGGCAAAAGGUACAAACCUCCGGCUUCUCGUAAGCUCCACGUCAUCCUUGGAGUGGAGGCUGGUGGGCCAGGCGGGCGUCGAGCGGGGGAAUCUGGCCACGCAGUAGCCGAUUACUUGAAGUUCAAGGACCUCAUCCUCAGAAUGCUGGACUAUGACCCCAAGACGCGAAUUCAGCCCUACUAUGCCCUCCAGCACAGCUUCUUCAAGAAGACUGCAGAUGAAGGAACCAAUACAAGCAGCAGUGUGUCAACGAGUCCAGCACUUGAGCAGUCACAGUCCUCAGGGACCACGUCUAGUACAUCCUCAAGCUCAGGAGGAUCGUCCGGAACAAGUACCAGUGGCAGAGCAAGGUCCGACCCCACACAUCACCACCGGCACAGUGGAGGGCACUUUGGCACAGCCAUGCCAGCCAUAGACUGUGACAACCUCUGUCCUCAGGCAAGACAGCCUUACCAUCCCCCUGUAGUAUGGACUGGCAGUGUUGGACCAGAACCUGUCACUGUAGAAACACAUCCAGUCCAAGAGACUACCUUUCAUGUGCCUCCCCAGCAUCCCAAGGCAUUGCACCCCCAUCACCAUCAUCACCACGGACAGGUCAUUGCGACACGCCCAAGGCCACGCCUCUACAACUCGCCCACCAACAGCGCCUCCACACAGGAUUCCAUGGAGGUGGUACAUGGCCAUCUGUCCAUGACUUCCCUGUCUUCCUCUGCAUCCUCUUCCUCCACAUCUUCCUCUUCCACGGGAAACCAAGGCAACCAGGCUUAUCAGCGCCGCCAGGUCCCUGCCAAUGCCCUGGACUUUGGCCAAAACGGAAGCAUGAACAUGGGUUUGGGUGCCUUCUCAAAUCCCCGCCAAGAGACUGGCAUGGCUGGACAUCCUACUUACCCUAUCGCCACGAACACGGGACCUGGUCACUUCAUAACAGAGGGGCAUCUGGGCAUGAGACAAGGCAUUGAUAGGGAAGAGUCUCCAAUGACUGGAGUCUGUGUUCAGCAGAGCUCAAUGGCCAGUUCGUGACUAAGCUGAAAAUGAAAUUUGUUUCUCUGUGUGU